UUUCUGCCUCCGGAUAGGAUGUGUCGGUGUCGGUUGUUGUCAGUAAUUUAAGCGACGUAUGUUUUUAUUUUAGUACCGCAGAUUUUUACUGAAGUGUAUAAAGUGAUGUUUGACUGUUGUUCGUUUAAACUCAGAGCUGUAGCGUCCUCUGUGACUGUCAAGCGCUCCCUCGACUGAGAAAACAAUGCAGGCCUAGCGAGCUAAUGUUAGCAUGUGUGGCUAGCUGGCGGAAGCUAUUCGGAUAUCUGCUCCAGUGGACCGCAGUGGGGACUUAAGCCUUGGGCGAAGCCGUUUUCUGACUGCGCGAGAACAUACCACUCGCUAUGACAUCUCAGCUGCAAGUCUUCUCACCUCCCUCCAUUUCCUCCAGUGCCUUUUGCCGUGUCAAGAAGCUGAAGGUGGAGAACAGUGUUUGGGAUGUGUCCACUACUGAAGCGUACAGCUCCAUAGCGGGCCAGUCAGCAUAUACCUUUACCCCAGCCAUGGCCGUCCCACCCUUUGCGCCAUCCCUAGUCUUCCCCCCAACAGCACCCGGAUCUCGGGGUCAAGUGGUGGUCCGGGCUGCUGAUAGCACCGGGAGUCUUCCUCGGGGUUCCAGUCGGCGUGUCACCGAGCAUGCAACAUCCUCCUCCUAUGCCCACAUCGAGACAGCCUCAGAAACGAGAGGACACCGCCAUGGACAGAAGAGAAAGAUGGAGGAGACCAAUGAAGGCAGCGGCAGCGGCUGUGGCAGCGUGCAAAUUCUAGAGGAGCUGUCUGCACCGGCAGCGACAUUCUCCACUCGUACAGGCGGCGGAGGGGGAGGCGGCACAGGCCAGUCCAUACCUCAUUCGGCUCCAACCACCAAAAGCAGUAGCUCCAACGGUGAAGGCGACUAUCAGCUCGUGCAGCACGAGAUCCUUUGCUCGGUGUCCUGCAGCUAUGAAGUUUUGGAGUUCUUAGGGAGAGGCACCUUUGGACAAGUGGCCAAGUGCUGGAAGAGGGGUACCAAUGAGAUUGUGGCCAUUAAGAUUUUGAAGAACCACCCUUCAUAUGCUCGCCAGGGACAAAUUGAGGUAGGCAUCCUGAACAGGUUGAGUGCAGAGAAUGCAGAUGAGUACAACUUUGUGCGCUCUUAUGAGUGCUUCCAGCACAAGGGUCAUACAUGCUUGGUGUUUGAGAUGCUUGAGCAGAACCUGUAUGACUUUCUGAAGCACAGCAAGUUUAGCCCACUGCCUCUGCGGCAUAUUAGACCAAUUCUACAACAGGUGGCCACGGCACUCAUGAAGCUCAAGAGCUUGGGACUGAUUCAUGCUGACCUCAAGCCUGAAAACAUUAUGCUGGUGGACCCCCUCAGGCAACCCUACAGAGUCAAGGUCAUUGACUUUGGAUCUGCAAGCCAUGUUUCCAAGGCUGUGUGCUCAACAUAUUUGCAGUCUCGCUACUACAGGGCACCUGAAAUCAUUUUAGGUUUGCCGUUCUGUGAGGCUAUUGAUAUGUGGUCCCUGGGCUGUGUGAUUGCUGAGCUCUUUCUGGGGUGGCCUCUUUACCCUGGAGCAUCAGAGUAUGAUCAGAUCCGCUACAUUUCUCAGACUCAAGGCCUACCAGCUGAGUACCUAUUGAGUGCAGGCACAAAAACUAGCCGCUUUUUCAACCGAGGACCAGACUCUAGCUACCCACUUUGGAGACUUAAGACACCAUCAGAACAUGAAAUGGAGAUGGGAAUCAAAUCCAAGGAAGCUAGAAAAUACAUCUUUAACUGUUUGGAUGACAUGAUGCAGGUCAACCUCUCAUCUCAUUUGGAGGGUACGGACAUGCUGGCUGAGAAAGCUGAUCGACGAGAGUUUAUAGAUCUCCUGAAGAGGAUGCUCCGCCUCGAUGCUGACAAGAGGAUUACGCCUACAAAGACCUUGGGUCACCCUUUUGUGACAAUGAGCCACCUCAUGGAUUAUCCACACAGCUCUCAUGUGAAGUCGUGCUUCCAGAACAUGGAAAUCUGCAAGCGCCGUAGCACCUACGAUAGCAACAAAUCCAUCUACUCCACUAAUGCAGUCCCGAGCGCUGCAGCCGGAAACCUGACUGUUACCUUCAGUAGUCAACUCAACCAGCAUAACCAGGUGCCUUCUGCGGGGGGAGCGGUGCCUUUGCUGAAUUAUCAACCGGCGUUGUACCAGCAGGCAACGAUCAACAUUCCCGGUCUGACGCAACAAAGUGUCCCUAUUCCAGCACGUCCUGGUGGGCUAUGUAGUCAGGCAGAACCCUUCCAGCAGACUCUGAUUGUUUGCCCACCUUCCACCAUUCAAGGGCUGCAGUCAACAAGCAAGAGCUCAAGUUUCCCUGUAAGAAUGGAUAACUCGGUUCCUAUAGUACCUCAGAAUCAGCCUGCACAAUCCUUGCAGAUCCAGCCCAGCAUGCUCACACAGGGUUCCUGUACACCCCUGAUGGUGGCCACCCUUCACCCACCCUCAUCAAGCAUAGCCUCCCAGUAUUCUCUACCAGUCGGGCUAGGUACCGGGGUGGGUCGACCCACUCUCUUGGAGCACACAGCCACAGUGCUGCAGGCCUGGCCCACUGGAACUCAACAGAUCCUCAUUCCGUCGUCAUGGCAACAGGUCCCAGGAGUAGCCAUCCACAGCUCUGCUCACCAGGCAAAUAUUGCAGAGUCACCACAGGACUCCCAUCAUACAGAUACCACCACUCAGCAGGGACACAACUGGAGGAGCACAGCACAAACCAAAACUCAACAGGAGCGGAAGAAGGUCAAGGCCCGACGAGGAGAGAACAGAAACAGGGGUAUCUCAACUGCGUCGUUGCUCGGCACCAGUGGUGUGACGUCGUCCAGUCUCAUGGCGACUUUGUCGCAGCCCAUCGUCAUUUCCGACACCCCCAGCCCGGCGGUCAGCAUCAUAACAAUACACAGCGACACCGACACAGAGGAUGAGCGCAAGUUUCAUCCUGCCAGCAGUGUUACACUCAGCCAGCGCACUAAUGUUAUCAGCUGUGUGACUGUGCACGACUCCGACUCCUCUACCGCCAGCCCCCUGACGCCGCGUCCCCGCGCACUUAACACAACUAGCGCCGUUUCCUCUCGCCAGGCCAAGUCUCUGGCUGUGGUGGCGCCCUCAGUCAAAGUUCAGGCGCUUGACAGAGGAGUGGCUACACGUAGCCGCCCAGAAACUGUGAACUACAUAAAACCCAAGAGAACGUCUCAUCAGCAGCCAAGUAAUUCGGGCGACAGCCUGGAACGGCACGGACUGAUGCUGAGCCAGUCCCGCCCCUUAAACCUCAGCCAGGUCCAGCCCCUGGUGUCUUCAUCUCAGGAGCGCACCGGGCCGCCCCACGCCGACUCAUCCUUACGUCGCCAGCCGACCUUCCCCCCGGCCGCCUCGGCUCCGCACUACAACUUCCCCGAGGUGUCGGCCCUCGCCUCGGUCUCGGCCGCCGGGCCCGGCCUGUACACCUACCCGGCCUCCACCGCCCUCUCAUCCGCCUCUCAGGUCAUGGAGCAGCUGCUGGGCCGCGGCCACGUCGGCCACCCCGGCCACUCCGGACACUCCCCCUCUGCCUAUGCAGCCACGUACCCCUCUUCCUCCACCUCGUCGUCCUCCUCCAGGAGAGACUCGGCCAGCCGCAAGGAGUCGGUCAGCAGUCUGCUGCACGGUCUGCCAGCGGUCUACCAGCAGCAGUUCGCCGCAGCCUCUCCUUACGUGAGCGUGACUCCGCGGGCCGAGGCGUACGGUGCCUACCAGCUGAGCCCCAGACGCCUGACGCAGUACCCCUACCUAUAAGAUUCUUCACAUAGCACCUCCAAGGGACGACUGUCACUUACCUGAUUGCUGCUUUUCACCACAAGGCUUGUCCUCCAUUUAUUUUCCUUCAGAAAAUAUGAUCUGACGCCCAUCUUUUAGCCACUUAAUAUUAGGCGUCGUGGUCUUUGUUUCUUUGUGUGAAGAGAGACUCUGCUCCUGUCACAAGCUGCGACGACACUUAGGCCAGCUUCCUGUGCUAGUGAAGGACUAGCGGACACUAAUCCAAUGAGUCCCUGUGUUUUAGCUAACCUAAUAAUAACUGUACUUGACCCUUGUCUGUUUACUCAUCAAUCUGUCUGUUUAAUUUAUGUUUUGUCCGCGUACGGGGGGAAGAUGAGGGCGUUCGGUUUUAGCCACGAAAGAUGGCCCAAAUGUGAUGGCUCAAUGUUAAUUUAAGUGCACAUGUGAUAGUGUUUAUGUAGUGACAGUGUUUUAGGCCAGAUGAACCAUGCAAUAGUUUUUUUGAUUUUCCGCUCUUUCUUUUUAACUGAAUGUAUUUAUGAAAUCCAGACGAGUGACAUGAAAAGCUUUUUGGGUUUGUUUUAAAACGUGAAAAAAAAAAAAGCAAAUUAUCCUGUUUCUUCUUCAAAGAUAAAAUAUGUAUCUUGUUUGUCAUAGCCACACCUAUGAAAUGCAAAAUUUACUAGCCACUGUUAUUUAGUACCUCUUCAUAAUUGGUUGAAGUAAGGCCAGUUUUUAUGUAACAAAGAUAACCUUUGGAUACUUGCUCGCUGCAGUACCCGUGACUGCCCAUAUAAUAUUUUGGUUGAGUACUUCAAGUCAUGUAAGAAGCUCCUAGCCAUGUGACAAUAAUUAGUUCCAAAAAUGAAAAGCAGCCAAAAUAUUGCAGGAGAGAGAUUUUCCUUCUGGUGACUGCAGUGAAAGUUCUAAUGGUGACUGCGGGUUCUAAAAUAUAUAUAUAUAUAUAUAUUUUUUUUUUUUUUUUUUGAGUUGAUCCUUUCCUGUUUGCAUCGUUUUGUGUUGUAAUGUCUUGAGUAUUUUACCGUAAUUUCUCGUAGUUUAAAAUGCUACUCGGUAGAACUAAUUCAGGGAAAUUAUUCUGCUCAAUAAUACACCAUCACUGUUUGCAUAAAAUAGCCACAAACACAAAUGUCU